UUUAUUUAUAUUUAUUAUUAUUGUCUAUUUUUGUUUUUGUGUCUCAACACUAGUCGGCAGUUUAUCAAAUAAAAUUAGUAAUAAUAAUAUUGUGUUGUUAAUUAAAGUGAUAAAUAAUGCAUAAAUUUAUUUAAAAAAUGAAAAUAAUUUUGUCUUGUUAUUGUUUUAAAUUAUAUUAUCAAACAAUAAUAAUAAUGGAUUAUAUUUUGUGAGUUAUUCCCAGGUGACAUUUGUUGUAAUACACAUUACACACACAAUCAAAAAUCUAGACGUAAUAAUAUUUAUUUAUAAUCAAAAUAAAUUUAUUGUUUAAUAAUAAUAUUGCUGUCAUCAUAACCUAAAAAAUAACAGGUUAAUUUAUAUAGAAAUAUUAUUUAAUAAUAAUAAUGGAUGAAAAAAAUUGUUGUAUUGUUGAUGACGAGGAGGAAAUUGAAAAUAUGAUUAUAAAUGAAGUUGAUGGAUUGCCAAGUUUACAUAAAAAUUAUCAAGAUGAUGAUAUAGAUUAUGAAAAAGAUAGACCAGAUCCAAGUGCAAGAACACUUGAUGAUCUUGUUCAUGAUGAAGAUUUACCAACAUCUGUUAUUGUUACAAAUGUUGAUCCACGAGUAUUUAUUGAUGACGACGUAAAGGCUGAAAUUGAAGGAUUAUUCAGGGCAUUUGGUAAAGAAGCAACCUUCCAGUAUUUUAAAUCAUUCAAAAGAAUGAGAGUUAAUUUUAAUACACCAAGUUCAGCAGCACGUGCACGAAUACAAUUACAUCAAUUACAUUUUGGUGACACAGAUAUUAAUUGUUAUUUUGCUCAGCCUGUAACACCAAUUGAUGUUGAAGAUCGUCAUCUUCAACCACCAGCAUUGACAAAACAAUUUUUAAUAUCACCUCCAGCAUCACCACCAGUUGGAUGGGAACCUCGAGAAGAGGGUGAACCACUUGUUAAUCAUGAUCUUCUAGCAGCAAUUGCUAAUCUAUCACCAGGUGAAAGCCAUGAAUUACAUGCAGGUGGAUCUGGUCAACCAGGUAUUAUUGUUCAUGUUUGUGAAAAUCCAAAUAUUCCAUCAGCAAAACCAAUAAUUCCACACACACGUUGUCCUAAUCAUUAAAAAAAACAAUCAUUUAAUAUUAUUUAUUUAUUAAUUUAUAUUAUUAUUAUUAUUAUUUUUAUUGUCAAACAAAGUUUAAUGGCAAUGAUAUCAGAAUCUAAAUCCAUCCAAAUGAAAAUUUGAAGAGAAAAUAAUAAAUUUUAUUAAAUUAGGCCAAUUAAUCAGCCAAUUAUAUAAAAUAUAUAUCAAAUUACAAUUUAAGAUUGUAAUUAAAUACUCAUGUUGAUAAAGAAAAUUGUGAUAAGAGCAUUGCACAAAUUAAAAUUAUUUAAAAAAAAUUUAUUGAAAUGAUAUAUUUUAAAAAAAUCAUAAAAUAAAUAAUAAUAAUAAAUGAUAUAAAUUAAUUUGGCUACUCUGUACUUGUUCUUUUAAAAUAUUUAUAUUAUAAUAUUACAAUGUCUUUAUCAAUAAUAAUUGUUGUUGUCAAAGCUCUUAUUUUUUCUUCGUAAAUUUUGGAUUAUAAAGUUGAAAAUUUUAAUUAGUUAAUCAUUUGUUGUGGAUUGUUUGAGUAUAAAAAUUACUAUGGCUUGAUUAAAUUGAAAAGAAAGAAAAUUAAAAUUGAUAUUUUACUUAAAAAUCUAAAUAUAUUUAAAAAUAUUUAAGCAACAAUUUGUGACAUUGAAUAAGUCUGAUGAUUCAUGCAAGAGAAAAUAAAUAAAAUACUUAAAAUUUCAAAAAUAUCUCAUUUAAAAAUAAC